AAUACCUGAAAUUCCGAUACAUAUAUCCUCUGUUUUCGAAUUACGUUUUUAGCUGACAGGCAUCACAAUAUGAAACCAAAGUACUAAGACAUCACUUCUGAAAAGGAAAAAAACGACAUUUUCCUGUAUCAGUUUAGAGUUAAUGCAUCUGCUGCUACCUAUUCCCAACCUUGACUUCCUGUUUUUAUGUUUGUGAAAAGAAAAGUUUUCUUAUACUCCAUCCGAACAGUUUCUUCUAGUAUUGUUGCACGCAUAUAUUUUGUCUCUGAGUUAUUGACUUAUAUGGCUUCUUUUGUGAAGUCGGCAAAUGUCGUAUGGCUGAACUUUUAUGCAACUAUGUUGUUGCACGCGUUAUUUGAGGCUUUGUAUGAGGUAAACAAAUGAGUUCUUUAUACCUGUACCUGGUGUUGGACGUUACUCUUUUAACUGGAGGAGGCGGUAUAAUUCUUGGGCAAAAUGCGUCCGUGAACAAGUUUUGAACCCAGAGAGGAUUGAAGUAGGUUUGAUGCUCGUUUAGUGGUCUGAUGCAACCCCAGCCACUGAGUAUCCAUUGAGAUGCAUGAUAGGUUCGGUGCUUUAGCCCUCAUGCGUGCAUGGGAUCCGUAUUCGCUUGUGUUUGGACCAUCAUUGUGGUCAUCUGAAGGCCUGUUAGACUUCAUUACUAACUCUCAUAAGAUAGGGCCAACAGACUGCAGCCUUCUGCCUAAUUAAUGGCUUUCUUGUUAUCUUACUUCCUUUCCCUUACCUUUUAAGUUCAAGGUGCCUGUUUUGUUGACCAACGUAUUAGCUCUAUUCUAUUGGUUCCUUCUACAUGGAAGAGGCGGACGUGCAUGCCAUUUCUUUAGAAGCUCUCGUCUUAGUUUUCAAUCUGAAGGAGAACUUCAGACUAGUUAUUAUGAAGUCUCAGCAAACAAAGAGAAGCUUUAGGUGAAGCCUAGGCUGUAAACAAAGUACAUGCCAUCCAACCUUGCAUAUUUGACGGCUUUGGAAUCCAUAUCUGCAAGUUCUACAAUGCAAUCUUGUUCAAGUAGAAGCAUCUGCUGUUUAAUCUAAAUUCUAGUGCUUAGAUGCUAGAUUUCCACUCAUAUUUACGUUGACAAAGGCGUGCUCCUAGAACCAUGAACCAUAGAAGGUCCCUUAGACCGGAACUUAUUUUCUAACAAGGGAAACAUUGCUAAGUGACUUUGAUUUUUCUGACUGUCAGUCUGUCAACCAUCGCAUUUGAGAUUACUUAGAACUCUGUUUCCUUGAUCCCCUCAUAAGUUUUCCUUCUAGACCUGCCAAGUGUGGUCAGUCAAUGCUUAGAAGGUAGUCUAUACUCAAUAGAUUGGAGGUUGCUUAAUUAUGGUGUCUAAAAGUUUAACAGCAACUUGUUCUUGAUACUGUUGCUGCCCAAGAAAGCCAAGUCAAGCCAAGAAACAAAAUAGUAGGUUGCCUGUUGCGUGACUCCUCUUUCCAUCCUGCUUACUUCACAAUCAAACUCUUAAGCAUCACGUAUUCUUUGUGAUAUUAUGUUGGUACUCCCUUCAUCCUUUUCCCAUCUGCCCUUCCUUUUCCCCUUCAUCUGUAGAAAGAGAAGGAAAAAAAAGAAAAAUCUAAAGAAAAGUACCCCAGCCAUGUAAAGGAUAAGAAGUCCUUCACGAUAGAAGGUAUCAGAUUCCACCGCCCCUAAACCAAGCAUGACCAGUACUCAGAAGCCAAGGUAGGUCUCAAGACAUUGCCAAAGCUUCUCCCUCUCCUUAUACGAAUAGGGUAUUCUUCCAAGCUUAAGGCAUGGGAAGAGAUCUCGGAAGGCUGGAGCAGUCGUUGGCAAGGGACUCGGUGUCUCUCAAGUGGUCCGUCGAAGCCAUGAGCCUUUUGAAGAAGAUGCAGGUCGAACUCCUCGUCUUGUUUAAGAAAUCCAAGCUGCCAAUCUCUUAUGGGGCUGAGGAGGAUUGGUUUGAUCAAUACAUGAAAGAAACUGCAACUCUUCUAGAUUUCUGCAACUCACUGAAGUCCGCGGCCUCUGGAAUCAAUCGGUAUCGCAUGGUAGUAGAACUUGCAAUCCAUAAGCUUGGUGAAGACAAUUCAUCUAAUAUGGUUGAUGUCAACAACAUGGAAUUCGAGAGAUUCAAGAGAGUCCAUGGGAAUCUUUUGGAUGUUGGAGUAAUGAGAGAAACAUUAAGACUAGGCAGUGGAAUCUCAUCAGGAGGCAACCAUAGACAGGCGAAGAGUAUGGCUGUUGUGAUGCUCGCCGCUAAGACGACAAUGAUAGUUUUAUCAUUGCUCCUCGUAUCAGCCAUGGUUUCUCCUGUUUCCAUCGACAUGGGAAAUGGAGCCAUCAGUCAUGAGGUACCUCAGCUGAAGCCAUGCGUGGAGUUGCUCACGCAAUUGGUCGGGCGAUUUCAUGAGAGAACUUCAAGGCCUGGGAGUGGCUCUGGAUUGGCUUUGGUCGAGCAUGAGAUGGUGGAUGAGGUGGUGGGACGUCUGAAAGCCCAGGUGGUGGCAGGAAGGGUUGAGGACAAAGAGAGGUUCUUGGGUGGUGUUGAGCUGCUGAGGACAAGGUCAGCUGGGCUGAGUGAGGAAGUGGAGAGGUUUGAUGCUGCGGUGGAUGAGGUGUUUGAGGAGGUGAUCAGAGGGAGAAAUGAGAUGUUGGGGAUUUUCAGGGAUGGAGCAGUGUCUGGGGGAUGAAUUAAUUCUUGCUGCACCAGCAGAUACUUGCAAAUCUCAAACAUACGAAAAUUUGCAAAUAGUUUUUUAUCUUGUUAGUUUGUUUUGAUGUAAUGUGAUGAUGCUAAAAGUGUUGAAAGCUAAUUCUAGUGGGGUGUAUGAUGUUUAUCCUGAAAAAAAAAAAAGCAGAAAAAGGUUUGGCUCAGUUAUGAAUAUCUAAACAAGCUGGAGCCAUUAUUGUCAAAUUUAUAUUUAUAGGUUUUAUGUUUUAUUCUAAAAAUGAAAAUGUUGUUCAGCAUAAAGAAAGCAAUAUUCCUGCCUGUAAUCUUAUGUUUAAACGAUACAAUCUAAAGUCGCCAUCCUAUUAUGAUCCGAAUGUAUCUAAUGUAAACUCAUGUAGUUACUAUAAACUUAUUUGUCUUCUGUCUUCUAUUGGAAUCUGAAACAAUUGC